UUGUGUUCUAACAAAUUAGUUCAAUAACAGAAUUCAAUUUAGCACAUAGAAUUAAAUUUUUGCAUAGCAGCAAUUAUAUAUAUUAGAUAAAUAAUUUGUUAAGGACCGCAAUAAUGGAUAAGUUACGUCGUGUUCUUAGCGGCGAUGACCGCACACCGGAGGAAGAAAGCAGCAUCAUCACCCAGAUUAAUGAUAUGUCAACAUUAAGCUGGAGCACUCGCAUCAAAGCGUUUUGUGUAUGUUUCGUUUUGGGCAUACUAUUGUCUUUUCUCGGCUCCAUUGCUUUGUUUCUGCAUCGUGGCAUUGUCGUCUUCGCUGUAUUCUAUACACUGGGCAAUAUCAUCUCGAUGGCCAGCACGUGCUUCCUCAUGGGUCCCCUCAAGCAGAUCAAGAAAAUGUUUGCCGAAACCCGACUGAUAGCCACCAGCAUCGUCAUCGUCUCACUUGUCAUGACAUUCGUCUCAGCUAUUGUGUUAAAAAAGGCCGGGCUCACGCUUAUAUUCAUAAUCAUUCAAUCCCUGGCCAUGACCUGGUAUUCCCUCUCUUAUAUACCCUAUGCACGAGACGCAGUUCGUAGCACCGUUUCGGCAUGCUUUGAGGUUUAGUCUAGUAUUUUGUACAGUAAUUUACAAUUAUAUAUAACUUUAUAUAUAGUAUGUAUUUUUUUGAAAAACAAUAUAAUUUGUAUUAU